CACAUAAUAUGUCAAUCACGGUAGCAACGGCUCUUCCCGCGACUUUCGAGGCCAAAUUGUCCACCACCGCACUGUUGCGGCAUUUGGUGCCAAGACUUCGAGGCUUGAGCGCACUUUUGACAUAAGCCCGCGCGAAGUUGAAGACUGCCCUCCUCUCCAUUCCAGCAACAACUCUUUGACCACCCUCGCCAACACCGUGAAGAUGCCUUUCACCAAGUUGGUCAAGAACAGUGCCUACUUCAGCCGCUUCCAGGUGAAGUACAAGCGUCGCCGAUCCGGCAAGACCGACUACUACGCCCGCAAACGCCUCAUCACCCAAGCCAAGAACAAGUACAACGCUCCCAAGUACCGCCUCGUUGUCCGCUUCACCAACCGGGACAUCAUCUGCCAAAUCGUCACUGCCGAGAUCACUGGCGACAAGGUCUUCUGCGCCGCCUACGCCCACGAACUCAAGCGCUAUGGCAUCAACCACGGCCUCACCAACUGGGCUGCCGCCUACGCCACCGGUCUCUUGAUCGCCCGUCGUGCUCUGUCCAAGCUCAAGCUCGACGAGGCCUUUGAGGGUGUUGAGGAGCCGGAUGGAGAAUUCAGCAUCACCGAGCCCGCCGAAGUUGAUGGCGAGACCCGCCGUCCGUUCAAGGCCUUCCUCGAUGUUGGUCUUACUAGGACCAGCACCGGCGCCCGUGUGUUCGGCGCGAUGAAGGGUGCCUCGGACGGCGGCAUCUACGUCCCCCACUCCGAGAAGCGUUUCCCCGGCUACGACCCCGAGAGCAAGGAGCUCGACGCCGAGACUCUGCGCAAGUACAUCUUCGGCGGCCACGUUGCCGAGUACAUGGAGACGCUGGCAGACGACGAUGAGGAGCGCUACAAGAGCCAGUUCCAGGGCUACAUCGAUGACGAUGUCGAGGCCGAUGGUCUGGAAGAGCUGUACGCCGAGGCACACAAGCAGAUCCGUGAGGACCCGUGGAAGAAGGACGAGGAGGAGGAGGGUGCCGAGAAGAAGACCAAGGAGGAGUGGAAGGAGGAGAGCAAGAAGUACAGGAACAAGAAGCUCACCAAGGCGGAGAAGCAGGCCAACAUCAAGGCCAAGAUCCAGGAGUUGGCUGCCGAGCUUUAAGCAGGUUGACGCUUUGUUGUGCUGCAGUUCUGAGCGUGCUGAGAUUCUCGGAGAGGAGAUGGACGGUCGAUGAAGUUCGUAGCCAUUGAAACCCUUACAGACCUUCACCCACUCCAUACCGUGCUCCGCAUGUCUCUUCUCGAAGAGCGUUUCCACAAAUCGCCUGUAAGCUCUCAUAUCCACUGGAGAAUCAAGUGAAUAGUAUUCCCUCAUCCAUUCGCAAUCAGUGCAAUGCACAGCGGCCUUCGUCGCUACUGCGAUA